AUGCUUAUUUCAUUGUGGAUUGGAGCCGGCGCACUGCUCGCAAUUAUCCUGUUACAAAUAAUCGCAACACUGAUACACAAGCCCUCGCUGAGAGUUUAUCCAGGACCAUGGUACACACGCGUGACUCAUUAUGUGCUCAAGUUCUACACCCUUACCGGCAGACGCAUGCAGUAUGUUCAUAGCCUCCACCAACGAUAUGGAUCUGUUGUGCGGCUAUCUCCAAACCAGCUCGCCUUCUGCGACCCGGACGCAUUCGUUUCCAUUCACAAAAUCGGUAGUGGCUUCACCAAGACUCAAUGGUAUGAGGACUUCAGUGGCGGCGCGGGAGGGACUGGCAUCGGAAUUGGUCUGUUCGCUAUGACAGAUGUGAAGAAGCACGCGUCUCGAAGGAAGCUUUUUGCACGUGCCUUUAGCGCCGCCAGUCUGAGGUCCAACUGCGAAGAUGUGGUAAAAGAAAAAGUAGAAAAGGCAGUAUCCCGGAUCAUGACAGAAGCCAGAGAUACAGGCGAAGCUGACAUCAUGAAAUGGUGGAUGUUGAUGGCCUCUGAUAUUAUUGGCCAGCUAUCGUUUGGAGAGUCGUUUGAGCUUCUCGAGUCUGGGGAAAAAUCCCACCAUAUCCAAGUCCUCGAGGCAGCGGCCCUCGGGGCCACGCUUCAAUACGAAAUGCCAGGGAUUUCGGGUCUUCUUCGUCGCAUACCUGUUCCAAAGCUGAACCUUCUGGUCACUGCACCAAACUUGGUCCAUAAGUAUGGCGAAGCGGCCGUCUUGAACCUGCGUCGUCAUAGUGAUAACAGAGCGAACCUCUUCGCCACCAUGCUAGCCCAGAGUGAAGCAGCAGCGGAGAAAUUCGAGCUAACAGACGAUGAUAUUCGAAAAGAGGCUUCCAACUUCAUACUCGCCGGUGCUGAUACGACGGCCAUAACUUUGACCUACCUGGUCUGGGCGGUUCUAAAGAGACCUGAGUUGCGGGUUCGGGUUGAGGAUGAAGUCUCAACAUUGGGUCCCGCAGCUUCUGAUGAAGCGCUGGAGCAGCUCCCACUCCUUAACGCUGUGAUCGAGGAAACUCUUCGAUUGUAUGGGGCUGUUCCAGGGAAUCUGCCACGAGUGGUUCCUGAAGGCGGAGUGUCUCUUGGAGGAUACGCAGUUCCUGAAGGUAUCGAGGUGGAAACACAAGCAUACUCGCUGCACCGUGACCCCAACAUUUUCCCUGAUCCCCUGACGUAUGUGCCCUGUUAUCCCUCGCGCUCACUGAAAGUAACAAAAGACAGAUUCGAUGAAACACGCUGGAUGGGCAAAGAUGGACCGAAACCCAGGUCAUAUUGUCCGUUCGGUGCCGGGACGAGAACAUGUGCCGGUAUCCAUCUAGCCAGGAUGGAAAUUCGACUUGGAGCAGCAACCUUGUUCCGGCAGUGCAAAGGCCUCCGAUUGGGUGCUCAGAUGAAUGAUGAAAUGAUGGAACCGGCUAACUUCUUUCUCGCGACUCCAGUUGGGAAAAGGUGUAAUGUGAGGUUUUAG